AUGUUUUCUCCCUUUCCUGUUUUCAUUUUGAAAUUCCUUCUCAUUCGUUUAUUAUUUCUUUUACACCUUCAUUCUUUUAUUCGUCCCUUCCUUAAUUCAUUCUUUCGAAUGUUCUUUUGUUAUUUGUUUAAUUCCUUCGUUUUUUUUUAUUCGUUUUUAUUCAUUCGUUACUCCAUUCAUGCAUUCAGUCUGUCAUUCAUUCUUUAUUUCAUUCUUUCUUUCUUUUAUUCAUUCAUCUUCUCACUCGUUCAAUACUUUCAUACAUGCAUUCUUUUUUUGAUUUAUUCUUUUAUUCAUUCGUCCUGCCAAACAAUUUGUUCUUUUAUUCAUUUAUCUAUUCGGAAAUAUAUUUUUCUUAAAUUCAUUCUUUGUAUUUCUUUCUUUUUCUGUCUAUCUCCAUGUCUUCCAUUUUUUGUGCCUUUCUUUAUAUUAUUUGCUUCGUUUUUUCUUCCUUCCUAUCUUUCUAUCUUCUUUCUUUCUUGCUUUCUUUCUGCCUUGUUUUCUUUCUAUUACCUGUCUCUUUCUUUCUUUCUUUCUUUCUUUCUUUCUUUCUUUCUUUCUUUCUUUCUUUCCAUUGUCUCCUUUCGUUCUUCAUUUGUUUUAAUUUUCUUUAUUCCUUCCUUCCUUCUUUCUUUCUUUCUUUCUAAUCUACGCCUAUUUUUUUCCUUUCUGUCUUUCUUUCAUUCUUUCUUCCUUUCUUUCUUUCUUUCUUUCUUUCUUUCUUUCUUUCUUUCUUUCUUCCCAGCAGACACUUUGAUUUUCUUUUUAGAAGGGGAAACAUCACACAGUCUUUAUUUCUUUCUUUCUUUUUCUUUCUUUCUUUUCUUUCUUGUUUUCUUAACUGUCUUUCUUCUUUCUUCUUUCUUUCUUGAUUUUUUUUUCUUUUUUCUUUCUUUUCUUAUUUCUCGUUUAUUUUGGAAAAAACUUUCAGUGAUUCUGUCUUUCUUUCUUUAUUUUUCUUUCUUUGUACUUCGUCAUUUUUUCUUACACUCAGUUUCCGUCACAUUUUAUUUUGUUUCUUUGUUUGAUUUUCUUUCUUUCUUUCUUUCUUUCUUUCUUUCUUUCUUCUUCGUUCAUUUAUUCUUUCUUUCGUAUACAAAAUUUUCGUUUUUUCUGUCUUUCUUAUAUUUACGGGGAAGAUUAAAUCUAAAUAUUACCAAGUUUCUUACAAUGACUUUACAAAAUCCAACUUGUUGA